UUUUUGCAAUUUCAUUUGAAUGAUGAGGUUGAAAACCAGACUGUAGUUAAAAAGAGAGUAGGAAGAAGGGAAGUAGAAGCACCUUUUAUAGAUAGCGUUCUCAAAAAUUUCAGUCACAAAUGGGAAGAGAGAAAGGAAAUGAUAUUUAUCAGGGACAGGUGGACAAAAUGAAGGCUGUUUUUCAUUUGGGGUUGAAGGAAAGCUGCCAGUAGAUGAGGAGAGUUUGAAAACAAAAUGAAACAAUGGGAAUACUAGAGAUAUUCCCUGCUGGGUGAAGGAUGAAGGAAAGAGCACAUAUCAAAUGGUAUUUCCUUCAGAAUAUAUGGGGACAACAUAUUGUCCUUUCUACGCCCACUCCUGUGGCUGAGAUAUAUGUUCUCAUUUAUUCUUCUAGGAAGUGAGGUUGGUGUAGGAGCUGUCACCCAUAUCCCCGACCAUGGAGCACCAGGAGACAUCAAGACAUCACUGACUAGUGGCCUCCUGAUUCGUGAAUCCAUUGUAUAUUCUAUAGGAUUCCCUACUGAGACUUCAGGGACACUGAAGAAAGUGAGUGGAUCUCACCAGGGAAGAGAACCAACAGACUCCACCAGUAUCCCUAUGACUGGCUUUAAGGGGAGAAAUUCCAUUACAGACACUGAAAGAGACAUAUGUGUCAUGGAGACAACUCUAAGAGCCACAGCCACUCAAGCCCCACUUCUCACUGUGCACACUGGAGCAGGUGACCUCAUCCCUGGGAUGCACAGGAGAACUGUGUCCUCUCCCACUUCACCCUCAGCUCCAAGUGAGAUAUCCUCUGGAGUCACCAUUGCCAUUGCAAGGCCCUCACUCUCCAUGACUCCAGUAGAACCCACAGCUAGCCCUGGCUCCAGUGGUCCCUUGAACAUCAGCCUAUCUGGGACAAUUUUUUCUACACCCCUUGCAGACACACCUAUAGCUGAAAUAGCUCCUGGAGAGAGUUCCAGCACCCCCCCUUCUUUAUGGUCCACUUCAGUUGAUUCUUUCAAUACUGUUGGCUCAGCCCCAGGAACUGAAAUCACCUCCAUUGUGCCUCUAUAUUCACUUCCAACAGCCUCAAGUGCCACAGAAACCACACCAAAUCCUGAUUUGUCAGUGAGACCUACCACACUAGAGCCAGGCUUAGCUGCCCUAACUUCCACUGCUCCCAGCAUCAUUCCAACACCGUCUGGAGAAGACAUAAACACCUCACUGGUGUCUAUAGAAGGACCAACAGAAGAUAAAACAGUGUCCAGCACCUUCCCAGCAAAUGCAGACACCCCUGGUAUCACUCACAGGGAGCACUUCUUCACAGGUCCUGGAGUAACUUUUCAACCUGUCAUGGCCUCUACUUCUCUGCCCAAUUUAUGUGAAGGGAUCAGUUAUUCCAGAAAUAUCCCCUCACCCUCUUUAGGGAGUAGGAAAAGCACUGCCAUGAUUGGAGUCUGGACAAGCCCAGCUGAACCUCACACUGUGGAGCCUAAGAAGCCCACCCCUGCUGAGGGUUCCCUCUGUAUUGGACCAGUGACUGAAUUUAGCAGCAGGGAAAGUGGACAUUUAAAGAAUAGCUUGGCCUCUGCUGUGACCCUUAACUCUCCACUACCAAGCCCCAUUGCUUCUAGCAGCAUGGAUGUAGACUCAGAAAUGGCGUUAGGAUUAUCUCUCUGGACAGACAGCUCCUCAUCACAAGUAGAAGUCAGUUUUCCUGAUCUGGUUUCCACCACAGGAGAUGGACCCUCCCUGGGAACAGAACCUCACACUCCUAUCCACGAAUCUCUGAGCCCAGGGCCAGGCUCCUUUCCUGCCUUAAGUACUCCCACAGCCUGCACAAGAACAGCUUCCCUUGAGGCUGCUACUUCAUUGGAGGACCCAGGGCCAGCCGGCCUGAAUCCAGAGACUGAGAGAAACCCACAGGCAACACCAACUCCAGCUAUCACCCUGCCUCCAGCCAGCACACAGGAAGUUUGCACAACAGCAUCUCCCAGUCCUCCUGACACAACCACAGAGGGCAACAGUGUCAAGGCAGGGACAGCCUCUAUUUCUGAUCAAGUGCCUUCCACUUCCAGCCUCUUCCCAAGUAGUGAUGCUGGUGUGGUGCCAGUCACACAUGCCCAAGGCCAUGAAGCACCAGGAAGCACAGGAGCACUGAUGAGGAGCCCCCUGACAUCUAUGUGUUCUAUUAUGCCCACAGAAUUAAGCACAAGUCUGGCUUCCAGUAUGAACAUUUUUGACACCUAUUUGCCUGAUGAUACCAUUGCCCCAUCGGAUGACUCUUCAGAGUCCACAGUGACUUCAGUAUCACGACCCUCAUACUACAAGAUUUUCACUCUCGACUUCACCAUCACCAACAUGUUGUACAAACCAGAGAUGGGCGAAAGUGGUUCCAGCACAUUCGAGGCCACUGAGCAUGUCCUGAAAAACCUGCUUAAGGUAUUGUUUGAAAGGAGCAGCCUUGGCUCUCAGUAUUCUGGAUGCAGUGUGAUCUCAUUGAGGUCUCGGAAUAAUGGGACAGCAACAGGAGUGGAUGUGUAUUGCAUUCUUAAGGAAGUCUCUGCCAGUGCUGUCCUGGAAAAAGAGAAAGUUUACUGGGAGUUGACUGAACAGCUCUUUAGAAGAAAGCUAAGCCACUUGAUUAUAGACAAAGACAGCCUCAGUGUGGAUGGGUAUAAUCGUAAGAUGACACUCUUCAGAUCCAGGAAGGGUUUGUUUAAACCUAAUAUCCACAAGGACAUGAAGCAGGAAAUGGAGAGGGCAGGAGAGACAAAGUCCCAAGUAUCAGAGAGUGAGAAUGAUGUAGGGCCCUUCACCCAUAUCCCAGACCAUGGAGCACCAGGAGACAUGACAUCAGUGAACAGUGAAUCUACUGUUGGUGCCAUGGUAUUCUCUACUGAGACUUCAGGGUCACUGAAGAAAGUGAGUGGAUCUGACCAGGGAAGAGAACCAACAGUCUCCACCAGUAUCCCAAUGACUGGCUUCACUGGAAGAGAUGCUAUUACAGACACUGAAACAGACAUACGUGUCAUGGAGACAACUCCAAGAGCCACAGCUACUCAAGCCCCACUUCUCACUGUGCACACUGGAGCAGGUGACCCCAUCCCUGGGAUGCACAGGAGAACUGUGUCCUCUCCCACUUCACCCUUAGCUCCAAGUGAGAUAUCCUCUGGAGUCACCAUGGCCAUUGCGAGGCCCUCACUCUACAUGACUCCAGUAGAACCCACAGCUAGCCCUGGCUCCAGUAGUCCCUUAAACAUCAGCCUAUCUGGGACAAUGUUUUCUACACCCCUUGCAGACACACCUAUAGCUGAAAUAACUCUUGGAGGGAGUUCCAGCACCCCCCCUUCUCUAUGGUCCACUCCAGUUGAUUCUUUCAAUAUUGCUGUCUCAGCCCCAGGAACUGAAAUCACCUCCAUUGUGCCUCUAUAUUCACUUCCAACAGCCUGAAGUGCCACAGAAACCACACCAAAUCCUGAAUUGUCAGUGAGACCUACCACACUAGAGCCAGGCUUAGCUGCCCUAACUUCCACUGCUCCCAGCAUCUUUCCAACACCGUCUGGAGAAGACACAAACACCUCAUUGGUGUCUAUAGAAGGACCAACAGAAGAUAAAACAGCGUCCAGCACCUUCCCAGUGAAUGCAGACACCCCUGGUAUCACUCACAGGGAGCACUUCUUCACAGGUCCUGGAAUAACUUUUCAACCUGUCAUGGCCUCUACUUCUC